AGGAAAUUGCCGUUCUUGCGUUCUCCUAAAUACAAAAAAUUUUAGUGAACCGAAAGCUGAUCGCAGCAACUCAUACGUACCUUGGGCCUCGUUAAUUGGAUGAUGAGUGGAACUAUAUGCAGCAAAAUGUCUAAAACCAUGUUUAUACUAAGCGUGCUAGCCACUCAGACCUCAGCGAUGCAAUUGCAGGGAGGAGACACCAACAAUACUUGUUUUAGAAAUUCCUGCUACAGUUUCAAGGCGUCACUCAAAACAUGGAACGAAAGCAGGAGCUUUUGCAGGAAGCAGGGAGGUGACCUCGUUUCUAUUGAAACCGAAGAAGAGUGGAUGUUUAUAAAGGAAGAGAUUGAAAAUUACCGAGAACAGCAGUGGUACAUCGGUCUCGUAAGAGAAAGCGGGAUUUGGACCUGGGGGAAAACUCUUCCCAGGAAAACUACAUGGCUUAUGUUGGAAUACCUUGCACACUGAAAUUUGACAACAAGAGUUGGCUACAGAAAUGCAAUUUUACUGACUUCGUCUGUGAUCUUAAUUGCACAAUAAAAAAAUGUUUCUACAGGCCAAAUAAUAGCCUAGUACCACAGCAUUGUCGGCGAAGGUGCUCUAUGACAUACGGACGAUUGGUAGAUCAAUGCACCGAGUUGACGUCCAGAAAAGUUUAUUAUUUUCAAACGUGCAACGUUACAAACUUUAAUCUUAGAAGCGCCAUACACGUAUUUGCUACCAAACAGACUUGCCAUUGUGUGGCAGAUCAAUGUAGUCACAAAUGCAACAAGAUACGGUGCACACAAGCCU